AUGGAACAGAUGGAAAAUCAUACGGUGACCGAAUUCAUUUUAUUGGGACUUACGCAGAAUUCAGAAAUGAGGCAAAUAUUUUUUGUCACAUUUCUAAUCAUCUACAUUGUAACUCUUCUGGGCAACAUGCUCAUCGUGGUAACCAUAGGCAGCAGCAAGGCUCUGUCCACCCCCAUGUAUUUCUUCCUCUCUCACUUGUCUUUUAUUGACGCUAGUUAUUCUUCCUCUUCUGCCCCCAAAAUGCUCAUCGAUUUGUCUUCUGGGGAGAAAACGAUCACCUUCAAUGACUGCAUGACUCAGGUCUUUACCGAGCACUUGUUCGCCGGGGCCGAGAUCGUCCUCCUCAUGGCGAUGGCCUACGAUCGCUAUGUGGCCAUCUGUAAGCCCCUGCACUACACGGCCAUCAUGAGUCAACGCCUUUGUAGUCUGCUGGUGGGGGUGGCCUGGACGGGAGGCUUCCUUCACGCAACCAUCCAGGUCCUCUUCAUGGUCCAGGUGCCGUUCUGUGGCCGCAACACGAUGGAUCACUUCAUGUGUGAUCUAUUCCCUUUGCUGACACUCAGUUGCUCCGAAACCCAGGUCCUCGGUCUGCUCGUCGUGGCCAACAGCGGGGCCAUGUGCAUGUUAAGUUUUUUCCUUUUGGUGGUUUCUUACAUUGUCAUCUUGCAUUCCCUGAAAGCUCACGUUUCUUCAGGGAGACGCAAGGCCCUUUCGACUUGUGUCUCCCACAUCACCGUGGUCAUCUUAUUCUUUGUCCCUGCUAUAUUCGUGUAUGUACGGCCUGUGGCCACCCACCCCAUGGACAAGUAUGUGGCUGUAUUUUACACGCUCAUCACCCCUAUGUUAAACCCAUUCAUCUACACAGUGAGGAACUCAGAGGUGAAAAAUGCCAUGAUGAAACUAUGGAACAGAAAAGUGAAAUAA